AUGUACGCUUACUCAGAAGGAAGCCCCAUCAUGUCUUUAAGUCCUGGGCAUGGGGUUCUGGUUUUUGACCUGACUCUCGUAGUUUUUAUGGGAAUGAUGUUCAGCUCCACCCUCUGGGGAAAUAUUUCAGAUCAGUAUGGCAGAAAAACGGGGCUAAAGAUCAGCGUGCUCUGGACCUUAUAUUAUGGGAUCCUCAGUGGCUUUGCACCCGUUUACAGCUGGAUCCUCGUUCUUCGGGGGUUGGUGGGGUUUGGCAUUGGAGGCGUCCCUCAGUCAGUCACGUUAUAUGCUGAAUUCCUCCCUAUGAAAUCCAGGGGAAAAUGCAUUUUGCUAAUUGAGGUCUUCUGGGCUGUCGGGACCGUCUUCGAGGUCCUCCUGGCAGUGUUUGUGAUGCCCACCCUUGGCUGGCGUUGGCUCCUCAUCCUCUCGGCCCUCCCCCUCCUGCUCUUCGCCAUCUUGUGUUUCUGGCUGCCAGAAAGCGCACGGUACGAUGUUUUAUCUGGGAACCAAGAGAAGGCCAUCGCCACUUUGAAACGGAUCGCGACCGAGAACGGUGCUCCUAUGCCCCUGGGGAAACUGAUCAUUUCCAGGCAGGAAGACAGAGGGAAGAUGCGGGAUCUCUUCACCCCCCAGUUUCGGUGGACGACGCUCCUGCUUUGGUUUAUAUGGUUCUCCAACGCCUUUUCUUAUUACGGGCUGGUUUUAUUAACGACAGAGCUCUUUCAAGCAGGAGACGUCUGCAGCUUACCGAGCAGAAGGCAAACGGCGAAAGCCAAGUGCAGCCUGGCCUGCGAAUACCUGACAGAAAAGGACUACAUAGACCUGCUGUGGACCACCCUGUCUGAAUUCCCAGGUGUCUUAGUGACCUUGUGGGUUAUAGACCGUAUUGGGCGUAAGAAGACGAUGGCCCUUUGCUUUUUCGUCUUCUCCUUUUGCAGCCUCCUGCUUUUUCUCUGCGUGGGAAGGAAAGUUCUUACUGUGCUCCUGUUCAUUGCAAGGGCUUUUAUUUCUGGAGGGUUUCAAGCUGCUUAUGUUUACACCCCGGAGGUUUACCCAACGGCCACCCGAGCUCUUGGUCUGGGGACUUGUAGCGGAGUUGCCCGCGUCGGUGCCCUUAUCACACCCUUCAUUGCACAGGUGAUGCUGGAGUCCUCCAUCUAUUUGACCCUGAUCGUCUACAGCGGGUGCUGCAUCCUGGCGGCGCUGGCGGCUUGCCUUCUCCCCAUCGAAACCAAAGGGCGCGGCUUGCAGGAGUCCACCCACCGCGAGUGGGGGCAGGAGAUGUUUGGACGAGGGGUUCCCCAGUCACACUCCGGGGGGUCACAGGGGUGACCGGGCAUGUCGGCCCAAACGCAGGGAAGUUUGGAGGGGGCCCAAAAACAACCACCACCACCACAACAACACCCCACCACCCUUUCCGAGUCUGAUGCUUGAGAAGCGCAACAUCUCCUUGCCGCUACGUGUCGUCUCAAAGCAAGAAUGCUUGUUUCGUGUCCACCUGGACUCCUUUUUCGCUUGCACCUGUCACCAUCCACCCCGUGCAAGGAGUCAUAAAAGAUCUGGAAAGAGCGUGUGUAUGUAUGAACGAGAGGGAGGGAGAAGGAGUGGCAGCUAGUAAGAAGAGAGAGAGACACACACAGAGGCUUUCUCAAUGUCUAGACUAUCCUUUUAAGGUUGACAACAAAAAGCAUGCCUAAGGGAGAAACAGAUGGGAUGGUCCGCUUUGCAGUUAGAAGUGCGGCUGCUUUAAGUAGUAAAGGAGGUGUAAUGAUCCUCAUUUCCAUCUUUGCAAGCUGCAAAUUAGCUUUCAUUGGGUGAUUAAUUCUUGGGAAGAUACAACAGGUGCUGUUUGCGUCACUCUGAAGGAAUACGUCUCUCCUGAAUACAAAGUUGGCCCUCUUGUUUGUUUCUGCCCUUAAUUUCUUCAUGCCAGGCCAGUCAGUCAUGCUGCGUCAAGCAAGGAAGGAGCAUGAUCUAGGGGUCACUGUGCACAAGACGGCCGCCACCCGUGACAUCCUCAAACGGGCUUUAAGUGCACUCAUUCCUAACGGCACAGGUUUCAUGCACUUGUGAAUCAUUUACUGAACUGGCACUUUUCAGUGGUGAACCACUGUGAACACACAUGAAACCCCUGUCAGUCUGUCAGAGAGAGCUUGCUGGUUAGUUUUUGCUUCCCGAGAAGUUCCAGGGCUCGACAGGCGCACGUGUCUCUUUUCUGGCAAAGAAGGCUGCUGGAGCUGGUGGUUCAGAGUCUGUGGAAAUGCUGACUGCCGUCUGUGUUGCUCCGUCUUCUAGAGCCGAACGGGGUUGGCAAAAUGACUGAAGGGUGGUAGCAUCUUCCUUAUGAGGAGCAUUAACACAUGAGGGGCUUUUAAAAAAAAAUAUCGAAAAGGGCAACUAGAAGAGUUUUAACCAGAGGAGUUUAUAAAUCAGUGGCUGGUAAUGAUAAAGUAGAUGGAGAAAAGAACCAGGGGGGUAAGAUGAUUAAGAACCUCAAAUUCAUCCACUGGUUUAGAAGACAGGUUGCUACCCUAAAAGAUGGAGCUCGUGGGCAUGACAGCUAUUCAAGACAAUUAAGAUUUCUCCCCAAAAACACAAAUCAGGUUUAAUUUAGUCAAAGUUGCUGUAAAUCUUUUGCAGAAAAACAAAAAUGAUGGUAUAGAAAUGCUCAGAAACCAUUUUUAAGGCACCCAAAUUGUCAAUGUAUAUCACAAAUACUUCCAAAGACUUUUGUUUUAAGCAUAUAAUUUAUUUUUUACUUAGGUGAAAGUACAAGGGGGUGGUACAUUUAGUUUGGGGAAAAAAAUCACACAGAAAUCAUUCAGAAUCGAACCUAUAUUCAGCAUCCUAAAUUCUGUUGACUGUCCUCCAGUUUGUGAAUGUUCAGAGCUGUCACGACAGGAAAGUAGUUGUCCAAAGCUGAUGUGGUGAAUGAUCUUUGUAUUCUUCAAUGCUUUCCAGG